AUGAGCGAAUCCGCAGACGAACAAAAACUUUCUGCCUUUGAAGUGCCGGAUGCUUUUGCAAUUGUAGAAGAAGGCAUUUAUCGGAGCUCAAUUCCAAAACAUGAAAAACAAUUUCAAUUCAUCAAAACCCUCCGAUUAAAAACCAUACUCUUCCUAUCGCAAGAAAUAAUUUUGAAAUCAUUUCUUACGUUUUUGGAGGAAGAACAAAUUGAAAUCAUUGAACUUGGAUUGCUCAUUUCGCAUCGUAUAUUGAGCGGAGGAGUCAAGAAUAAUCAUGUCAUUGCGGCGAAUGGGCAAGUCAAACCAAGAACACUUGUUUCUGCAUCAACGCCACCACCUCAGAGCUCAUUACCCAAUUUCCAACUUGCAACAACUGUUCAUUCUUCUGCCACGACUGCUACCACUCAAAUUUCUUCCAACUUGAACAAUCUUCCAUCAUCAUCUUCAACAGCAGCAACAACAACCACUACACCUUCCUCUACGACUUCCACCAAUUCAGCAUCGAGCAAUGCUCCGAUGAAUCCUUCAAAAUCAUCAUCUUCCGCAAUUCAUGUUCCGCCUGUGUUACAAAUCAAGAAUAACAUGUCACUCAAUGUCUUGAAUACAUCCCUCUCCAAAUCACUCUAUUCCGAUGAAAUUUACAAUACCAAACAUUGUACAGAUGAGCUUAUCAAAGAAGCUCUUGAAAUUUUAAUGAACAAGAAAUAUCAUCCGAUUAUGGUGGUGUGUUCUAGUGGUAUCCAUCUCACAGGAACAGUUAUUGGAUGCAUGAGAAAGUUACAAGAUUGGUCUCUCACCUCAAUUUUCACAGAAUAUGAAUGUUUUGCUGGAAAUAAUGCUCGUCACAAUGACCAACAAUUUAUUGAAAUGUUUGACACAGAUUUAACGACCUUACCAACUGAGGAAUCAGGAAAUCUUCCUCAAUGGUUUAUUGAGCAUAAACAAAUGAAGCAACAAGAGGAGCAAGAAUAUGAAGAAAUGAUGAGACAAUUACUCAUCAAGAAGCAAACGCCUCAACAACAGAUACGACAGCAAUCUGGUGCAGCCUCAGCAGCAACAACAACCUCUAGGGCACACUCGCCGUCCGGUCAGUCUUUCUCGGCAUCACACGUCUUAACGGGAGAGUCAGGUCAUGCCUCACAUCAUCCUCUUCAUCACACGCGAACUCCGAGUAUACCACUUUCUGGAUUGGAUUUAGAAAGUUCUGUUCCAAUGCUUAAUCAGCCAACAAGCAGCACCACAACAGGUCAUUCACACACCUCUAUUUCUCUCUCUCGAUCUUCUACUCUCAGCGGUAUCAGUAAAAUUGGAAAGACAAACUCCAAUGAUAACAUUCAUGGAAUUAGUGCAAGCCAAUUGUCACAACAGCAACCCUUGACGACGCAAGAUGGCACGGAUCAUCAUCAUGCACAACAGCAACCACAACAUGCUGUGGAAACUCAAAGUAGCAGCAACACUCCCUUUAAAUAUACCUUUCAGAGGUAUUUAUUGGAUAGGCAUUGUCCUCUAAUUAGUGAAAAAUCGACUUAUUCAUCUUCGAGUGUAAUAGAGGAUGAGGAUGAUUAG